AUGAGCAACAACAAUAUUCUAGCUGGAAAUUAGAGCAAGAAAAUCGCUGAAUCAAAAAGUCUGUGGAACUAUGCUUUGUCUCCUGGAUGGACACAACAGGAAGUAGAAAUUCUCAAAAUUGCACUUAUGAAGUUUGGAGUUGGGAAAUGGACGGCUAUUGAAAAGUAAAUUACUAAUACAUGUUUUAUAUUUUGGUCAGGUCUGGAGUCUUGCCAACAAAGUAAAUUUAGCAAUGCUACUUACAGACUCAAAGACUUAUUGGCUAGUAGUCCUUAGCUGAGUUUAUGGGGAGUUAGAAAGUGUGGAUUUCUUGUGAAUCAGGGUGGUAAACUAACACCUGAAGAAAAGGAGAAGCUGAGGAAUGAGAACAAUUAGAAAUAUGGAUUAUCACCAGAGUGGGUUGAAGGAAUCAAACUGCCAGCACCAUGUCAUCUAGUUGAAAUCUACUAGAUUGAGAAGAUCAUGCAUCCAAAGUCAACUCUGACCACUAUAGAGAAGAUACAGCACUUCAUCAAGCUUGAAGAUGCUCUUCUUAGUAAGCUUGAUAUGAUCAAAGAGAAGAGAGCACUCAAGAAGAUUGAAUAAUCAAUGCAAGAUCUUAGUGUGCAAAUCAAUGAGAAGUCUGAGCUAGAAGAAGAUGAAUAGUAUUUAUAUUGUUCAGAAAAACUACAGAUUCAGACCAAAUAACCAAAGAUAACUCAAAGUAGAGGAAAUAGUAGCAGAUAAUCGCUAAGUGGAGAAAGAAUGGAUGAACAAGAUGAUGAUGAUAGUCAAGAAAAAGAAAAAUCUAAAAUUGCCUUGCCCUAGAUCAAUACAAGUUCUGAUGAAGAAGAAAUUAAGCCUAAAUCCAAGAGAAGAAGAAUUAUAUCUGAAAGCUGA